AUGGCUAACUUCUGCUGCUCCAUUGAAACCGAACCUAGGACCUUGAAUCAAGGACAACUAACCCAUGCCAGGGAAGCUGCUGUUGACAUAGUUCAAAAGAAGGAACCAAAGGAAGCCUCAAGUGUUUUUGUUGAGGGGAUGAAACCAGUUGUCGCUAUCAAGGAGAUGGCUCAGGUGAUGGUUCUGGAGAGAGAUUCACUUUGCAAUCUAGAUGAGUCCAACAAGAAGACCAAUGUUAUUGAAACAGCUUGCCAGUGCUCAUGCCCUUCUGCUGUUAUAGAUUCCCCAGAUGAAGCUAAAUUUAAGGAGCCCCUCUCAGCUCCUUUCUAA